AAUCGAUUUUCAGUUUUCCUGUUAUCAGUUUUCCGUUUUAUAAAAUAGCAGUCAAGCACGAAAGUAAUAAUUUUCAUGUUCUAAGGUGUAAUAAUAUUAGUAAGAACAUGACAGACCUAUUGAAAACACUUAUUUGUGCGUCUGAAAAAGCGGCUUCUAUUGCGAGAUCUUGUAAGGCUUCAUGUGCCGAGGAACUGCUGGUAGCUGAGAAAUGCGGAGGAGAAGCUAAUUCUCGGUUUAAUAAAGAUUUCAAAACUAUAGCCGAUGUGUUGGCUCAGGAAUCCGCAAAAGGUCUCAUUUUAAAACAUCACCCAGACAUUAAAGAUUUGAGAGGCGAAGAGUGCGCGGAGAUAGGUGGAAUUUCUAUAAAUAUAAAGGACACCAGUGACGAAACCGCCGCAAUAUUAAGACUCCUGGUACCAGCAGGAUCUGCUAGCAAAAUGUCUGAAGCCGCACAUUGCAAUGUUGACACAAAGUUUUGUGAGAAUUUGCCAGAUUUACCAAAUGUAGAUCCUUCUAAUGUUGGCAUUUGGAUUGAUCCAAUAGAUGGGACAGCAGAGUUUAUUGCUGGAGUGCAAGGUGGUGAAGGUGCUUAUAACAGGCUGUUGUGUGUAACGGUACUGAUUGGUGCAUACCUAAAAACUACAGGAGAGCCAAUAAUUGGAGUUAUCAACCAACCAUUCUACAACAAUGGUGAGGGUCGUGUGAUCUGGGGAGCUAAGAUAGACGACACUCUUGAAUGUAGUGAACAGAACACAAAUAAACAUAGUGAUAGUAAAACUAUUCUCAUGAGCUCAUCUGAGGAGCCUGAAAUAAUUCAAAAGUUCAUCAACUCAGGAUGGGAAGUGAAAUUUGAAGCAGGUGCGGGAAAUAAGUUGAUGAAAGUUGCUCUAGGUGAAGCAAAAGCAUACUUGGUUACAAAAGGUACAACAUUCCGUUGGGACACCUGUGCACCGCAUGCCAUACUGAAGGCAAAAGGAGGUGAUGUACUCAAUAAAACAUAUAAACCCAUCAAAUAUAAUGAUGAGAAGAAUCUUGAUACUCAGGAAUAUUGCAACAAAGAUGGUAUUACUGCUUUUACCAAUCAAAAUGUAUUUGAAGAUAUCAAGAAGAUACUGUCUUAACUGUAAAUGUGUACUAUACUAUUUUUCUUAAUUCAUGAAGCUCUAAGCGGCCGCAUCCGGCCGCGAUAACAAUAGAUAAGCUAUUGUGUCUCGUUAUUCCACGAUCGAUGGGAUUCAAUUACAUAUAGUUGCAUGAUCCUCUUGUGAUAAUAAGAUUCAAUAUUUAUAUUUUAUUAUGUGAUGUAUUAAAUUAUGAUCUCAUUAAUGUUGUUUAUUGUGUAGGUAUUAGAAUUUAGAUUUUAUGAUACUUCUAUUACAUACCUUAUGCUAAUGUACCAGUGACGAAGGGUGAAUAUUUUCGAAAGGGAAGCCGGAGUAAAAAAUCUACUUA